UUGUUUUAGUAGGAAAUGGCUAUAGUUUAGCGGCAGUUCGUGCUAGCUUUCAAGUGGUUUAUUUACUAAAGUAUUAUGGCCGAAUAUGCACGUGUAAAGUCAACCAAGCUCGUUUUGAAAGGAUCGAAAGAUAAAAAAAGGAAGAAACACAAGGACAAGAAGAGACAUCGAGAAGAUGAAGAGGAGAAACUUGAUAUUGUCGGCGGCUGGUGGACUGUCCGAAGCUUUGGUGAACUCGCUGGCGCAGUCGCCAUAGAGAUGCACAAGCAUUCGUACGUGCACGCGCUGGACACGGGGCUGUUCACCGUGGGCGCGCCGCAUAAAGGAGAAGAUGAAGCUCCAGACCCACCUGAGCAGUUCACGGCCAUCAAACUCUCAGACUCGAGAAUAGCACUGAAGUCGGGCUAUGGGAAGUACCUGGGCAUAAACUCAGAGGGUGUCGUGGUUGGCCGAUCAGACGCCAUCGGGUCUAGAGAGCAGUGGGAGCCGGUGUUUCAAGAGGGAAAAAUGGCGCUAAUGGCCGCAAACAGCUGUUUCAUCUCGUACAGCGAGAGCGGAGACAUCGUGGCCAAAAGCCGGAUGGCUGGAGAGGAGGAGAUGAUCAAGAUCCGCUCGUGUGCCGAGAGGGAGGUGAAGAAGACAGACGACCUCGCAGACGAGGACCGGGGCAACGUGAAAAGCUGUGAGGUCAACUACGUGAAGAAGUUCCAGAGCUUCCAGGACAGGAGGCUGAGGGUGAACGAGGAGGACAGCGGCACACUGAAGAAAGCCCGGAUGGACGGGAAGUUCCAUGAAGCGCUGCUGGACAGGAGAUCCAAGAUGAAAGCUGACAGAUACUGCAAGUGACGAGGGAAACUAUCUUUUUAUGCAUCUUUUUGCCAGAUUAUGUUGACCUUUUUGUAUAUUAAAUUCAUUAGAUGAUAAGUGA